UAAUUUCAUCUACAUUUUAAAUAAUUUAAACAAUUGAAGGAUGGCGACAGAUGACAGUGAUGUUUCUUCAUCUUGGAAUCGGUGUCUUUGUCAACGCCCCAACAACUUAAAAAUAGUAAGCUACUAUAAUAGCAACAACGAACUAAUUGGUACGUUUUGUAAGGAAUGUAGGGCGGAAAACCUCACGCGUGAAUAUGUUAUACAUGCCGGAUAUGAAGACAAGGGGGAUUUUAGUGAAAAUACACCAAGGUCUAGCCAAGGGCUGGAUGAACACAGAGCGUUCCAGGUUCAAAGCUCGAAAACGCGGAUUGACUUGAGAAUUUUCGCUAGUAUACUGAAACCAGGCGACCAAAUCUCCUGGCACAGACAGCACUGUUUCUGGCACCAUGCCAUUGUGGAGGACGUUGCGGCUGAAACAAACGAACUAAAAUUGAUUCAUUGGAACAAGAAGGAAAACAAUAUCAAAAUUUUACGUGAUUCAAUUAAAGUGGAAGCCAGCGAAGAAGGACUUUUCAAUAAAAUGUACCGUAUAGAUUACCCCGUGGAAAUAACAAAGACGAACGAUCCGGAACUGGUCUUGGCAAGAGCACGGUCUAGAAUAGAUGAUACGGGGUAUUCUCCUUUUACAGACAACUGUGAAUCUUUCGCAACCUACUGCAAAACAGGUGUUGAAAAAUCGCACCAGUUAGCCUGGGUAGAAGGAAAAAUAGGGGAGAUCCUCGGACAAAACAUAGCUACAUUUGCUAAAUCAACAAUAAACGCAACAUGUAAAAUUCUUCAAACUACUGUCUCUGUCUCGAAAACAGCUGUAGAAGCUGGAAGACCUUUUCAAUCAGGAGGAAUCGAACAUGUUAUGUUAGCUAGUAAUGUUGUUGGGGCUGGAAUUAUCAUAAUGCUGGAAACGGGAUUCGUCACUUGGGAUUUGAGUCAGGUCUAUGCACAGAGAAAACACGGGAAUACAUCUAGGAAUGAUUUUAUUGAAACAGCAAUUCGACGAGUAGUGGAAGGAGUGUUGAGUGCUGGAGUAACUAUACUGUUCUCGCUUGGUCCGGAAUUAAUUGGUAUGGCUGUUGGAUCACCGCUUGGUCCAGUGGGUAUCUUUGUCGGUGGAGUUAUAGGCGGGAUCGUAGGCGGAGUGGUAGGUAAAUAUAUCGGAACUGCUCUUGGCAGUGUGAUUGGGAAGGCGAUUUCCUCUUCAUUCAAAACCGAUGACAGAGCAGUGACUAAUAUAUGUGACUUAAAGUGUGGAGACCAUAUCGUGUUAUAUAGAGGCAUACUACAUCCGCGCUGUCAUGCCAUUGUUGUGGAGCAAAAUGGAAUCGACAAAAUCAAAGUAAUUCGCAACAAAUACAAGGCCGGGGUUGUCGAGGAGUGGGUAUCGUUCUCUAAACCAUUGUUUAGAAUUAACUAUAAACAAGGGGUGAGUAAAGACCCCGAGGAAGUCGUGAAAAUGGCAAGGUCAAAGCUAGGGGAAUACCGGUAUUGUCUACCUGUCUACAACUGCAAAACCUUCGCCAGACAAUGCAAAUCAAAUCUGUCUACGGAAACAGAAGAUGAGCCAUGGCAACUAAUAAAUUAUGAAGAUCUUCCCGCGGAGUCUUUUCAGUAUGCAUGUGAUGCGAAAUUUGUCAGCACCUAGCGAAAGAAUUUUGAUGAGAAAGACCUAUCCUAAUAUAGUUAACCACAUUUAUUUUGUGUGCAUGUUGGAUAAUAUUUUGAGGAGAUGCAGGUAUUCUAUUUGUUAUCAUUUACAAAGUAAUGUGAAAUUUCUUACAUUUAGAAUAAAGGUCCGAUUUCUCCGAUUCCGUCGAACUCGAAGACAGCGGCAGGAGAAUUGGGAGAAUG